UCAACAGUUCUCACCUAUUGAAGGCGGCGCUUUAUUCACUGCUCAAUGGCCGGUACAUCGAUCUUUUAUUUGUGCUCGCCAUAACAAGAUGAGAGUGAUGGUCAGUGGUGGCUGGUUAAGUACUGCUAAUUGGAGUUGCCUGCAACUAGUGUACUGUGGAUUCAGUUAGGGGAAACCAAUUUGGUGACAUUAUAGAACAAAAUGGUAGUCACCAGCACCACAAAAUUUUCAGAGGACUACGAUCGAGCAAGUGAAUUAAAGGCCUUCGAUGAGUCUAAAGCGGGUGUCAAAGGUUUAGUUGAUGCUGGGGUCUCCAAGGUUCCCCGGAUGUUCAUUCAACCACCAGAUAACUUGAGAACUUGUAACACCCAAUUCAAUUUUCCAGUCAUAGAUCUCCAUGGCAUGGACAACGAUCCAAUUCGGCGAAAGGAGAUUGUUGAGAUGGUCAGGGAAGCAUCGGAGACGUGGUGUUUCUUCACCGUGGUGAACCAUGGGAUCCCUGUUAGCGUCUUGGAGGAGAUGAUGGAUGGCGCACGCCGGUUUUAUGAACAAGACAAUGAGGUGAAGGAGUUUUACACGCGUGAUCGGACGAGAAAGGUGGUAUAUAAUAGCAAUUUUGAUCUCUACGUAUCAAAAGCAACUAAUUGGAGGGACACCUUUUAUUGCGUUAUGGCUCCCCAUCCUCUUAACCCACAAGAGUUGCCAGCGACAUGCAGAGAUAUAUUGAUGGAGUACAAGGAGCAAGUCAUGAGAUUAGGACUUAAACUGUUGGAAUUAAUGUCUGAGGCUAUUGGGCUCAAUCCAAACCACCUAAAAGACAGGGAUUGUGCGGAAGGGCUUGCCAUUUUGUGUCACUAUUAUCCAGCAUGUCCACAACCAGAGCUAACCAUGGGCACCACAAAGCAUUCUGAUAAUAACUUCCUUACCAUACUACUACAAGACCAGAUUGGAGGCCUCCAGGUUCUUCAUCAGGAUCAGUGUGUCGAUGUUCCCCCAGAGCCUGGAGCCCUUGUAAUUAAUGUUGGUGAGCUUCUACAGCUUAUCACCAACGACAGGUUUAAGAGUGUAGAACACAGAGUACUGGCAAACCGACGAGGUCCAAGAGUCUCAGUGGCAUGCUUUUUUAGGUGUGGUUUGAUCAGUUUUUCUAUUAAAAAUUAACCAAAUUGAUAUGAUCCCAGUUAAUACUUGAAUUAAAACUGAACCUAUCUUUUAUUAAUGAAAAAAUUGAGCCAAACCGAAUUUGUUUGAUGUAUUUAGUUCGA